AUGGCGCCCAAAUCUGAAUGUGGUGCCGCCGAGCACCAGGAGAACACGGUUGGCCAUGUCACUCUGAACAAGGAGCCGCAAGGCGCAGUGAAAGAGAUCAAUACUGCGUCUGUAGCUCUUUCUGCGGCCGUUGCAGCUCAACCCCCGAAGCUGCUGUCAAAGAAUAUGAUCAAACUGUACAUGAUCAUGGGCAUUGGUUAUUUGAUUUCCACGAUGAACGGAUUCGACUCAUCGUUGAUGAGUUCUAUCAACGCGAUGAAGCCAUACCAAGAGUCAUUCGGGCUCUCCGGAGCAGGCUCAUCAACCGGCGUGAUUUUCAUCAUCUAUAACCUAGGUCAAAUCGCCGCUUUCCCCUUCUGCGGCCUCCUAGCUGACGGCUACGGCCGUAAAGUCUGCAUCUUCGUCGGAUGUCUCAUCGUCUGGAUCGGAACCGCCAUUCAAACACCCGCAAAGACUAUGGGAAUGUUUAUGGGAGGCCGCUUCCUCCUCGGUCUCGGUGCCGCACUCGCUUCUGCCGCGGGACCGGCGUAUACUGUCGAGCUCGCUCACCCGGCAUACCGUGGCACGAUGGCCGGUAUGUAUAAUAACUUUUGGUGGUUGGGCAACAUUCUUGCUGGAUGGACAACCUACGGAAGUAAUCUGCAUUUGAAGAAUUCAUGGGCCUGGAGAGUUCCUACUCUCGUGCAGGCUGGUUUGCCUGGUGUUGUCUUGGUUUUGAUUAUGUUUUUCCCGGAGUCUCCUCGUUGGCUUAUCGCCCAGGAUCGGCGGGAAGAAGCAUUGGAUAUUUUGGCCAAGUACCAUGGCGAUGGCGAUCGUCACCAUCCUGUUGUCCAACUCCAGUACCAUGAAAUUGUGGAACAGCUCAGCGCCACACGGGACGAGAACCCUUGGUGGGACUUCCGCGAGCUGGGAAACACACGCGCUGCACGAUACCGCUUGUUCAUGGUGAUUGCGAUGUCUUUCUUCGGACAAUGGUCAGGCAACAACGUAGUAAGCUAUUUUAUGCCGCAGAUGAUCAUCCAGGCUGGUAUCACCAGCUCGGACAAGCAGCUGCUCAUCAACGCCAUCAACCCCAUCUUCAGCAUGUUAGGCGCUAUCUACGGUGCCACCCUCCUGGACAAACUAGGCCGACGAACUAUGCUCUUGGGUGGCCUUGCUGGAGGAUUAGCAGCCUACAUCAUGCUUACUGCAUUCACUGCGCAGAGCGAGUAUCACCCCUCUCUCAGCUACGGCGUGAUCGUCUCUAUUUACCUCUUCGGUAUUAUCUUCGCAUGGGGAUUUACUCCUCUGCAAACUCUAUACGCCGUCGAGUGUCUUGAGAAUCGCACUCGUGCCAAGGGAUCCGGUCUCAACUUCUUGUUCCUAAAUGUUGCCAUGGUCGUCAACACUUACGGUAUCUCCGUCGGUAUCGAGAAAAUUGGAUGGAAGUUGUACCUUGUCUAUAUUGCUUGGAUCGUCGUUGAGAUGGUUGUUAUCUAUUAUUGCUUUGUCGAAACUGCGGGCAAGACCCUAGAGGAGCUGAAAGAAAUCUUCGAGGCACCGAAUCCUCGGAAUGCCAGUAUGAAGAGGACCAAGGUCGAGAUUGAUGAGUCGGGUGCCGUUGUUGGACUGGAGGCGUAA